AUGGUGAAGAGAGUCUCUGGAAGCGGGAAGAAGAAGAAGAAGCUCUGCCUCGAAGAUUACAUCCACUUCUGCAACAAUCCCGACCGGCAUGAUUUCCUCAGAGAGCAGCUAGACGAGGUAUGUUAGUCUUCUCUACUCUGCAGAGAUGAUCCGAAUUCUCUUCUUCGGUUCCGUAAUGGUGGCGUAGCCAGCUUCCUGAUUGUUCAGGAGGCUGCUGCUUCGCUCUGCGUUUCUCAUAUUCUUGGAGAUCUUACGCAGAUCAUGAAGAUCUGAGAUCUGCUUCGCCCAUAGUUAGUUCAAAAAGACGAGGACUCCUAUCAAUGAUUUGUUAUUUUCUUCCUCAAUCGCUUUAGCAUUCGUUAAGGCUGUACCUGAUCAGCGAAUUUCUCUGCGGCAGAUCAUUUACUUGCACGGAUUCGCUCGGUCAACAAAUACCAAGGUAAUGCUCGCCAGGCUCCGUCCGGACCUCCUCUCUUAUUUUCUCAGAUUCAUCCAUCCACUUCCAGCCACAGUAGGAAUUCGGCUUUCCAUCCUCUCGAUUUCAUCUUGUUCCUGCAAGUAGGUGGAAAUGGCCCGCGCCGUGGCGGGAAUUGAACUGAUGCAGGCGGCGCGAUCGACGGUUCACGAAUGCAUCACCCCCUCCAAUCCCCUCACCGUGGAGGAGGUUCGAAGGGACCUCGAGUACAUUGGAUGGCAGGAGUGCCCUCUGAAAUCCGUCAAGAAAGUGGAGCCGGCGAAGGAUGCCUUGGAGGACUCCAUGGCCGUCGCCUGCUCCGCCACCGCCAAUUACAGCGCGGACUCUGCCGUCACCGCCCCGUUCCAGGCGAAGAAAAGCAGGAAGCGCGCCCCUCCUUCCCCUCCCAGUGCAAAGAAGGUCAGGAAGAGGAACAGCAAGGAGGCUCUCCCCACUCUGUCACUUGCUUCAACUUCUUUCGAGGUCUGA